AUGAAGUGCCUCGCGGCCCUUCUCACUCUUUCUGUUCUCGCGACGUCAGGGCCAAUACCAGCACCAAAACCCCAAGACAAGCCCUCUGGCCAUGAAGUCGAGAUUACUGCUGUCACCUACGGCGGCACUGGGUGCCCUGACAAGACCGUUCAGGGUCUCCUCUCCGAUGACAAAACCACCAUCACACUGUCCUUCGACCAGUACACCGUGCAAUCUGGCCCCGAUAUCCCGGCCACCGAGCGUAGAAAAUUCUGCCAGCUGCAAUUGAAGUUGAAAUAUCCAGCCGGAUUUCAAUAUAGUGUAUUCGGCGCCGAUUACCGUGGAUAUGCUAGUCUGGAGAAAGAUGUCACGGGCACGGCUCAAAGCACGUAUUAUUUCUCCGGACAGCAGAACCAGACGGUCAUUCCCACAACCUUCAAAGGCCCCAUGGAAGGCAACUACCUCAAACACGACGAAGUCGACGCCGGCUCCACCGUGUGGUCUCCCUGCGGCGAGCAGGGCAUGCUGAACAUCAAGUCCGAAGUGCGUAUCGUGCCGAUGACGGCCAAAGGGCUGAAUUUGUUGACCGUGGAUACGGUCGAUGCCAAGUUCAACCAGAAGUACUAUGUGCAGUGGCAGAAGUGCGAUGGGAAGACUGGAGGAGGAAUGGGUGGGACUCCGAUUGGACGGCCGCCGGUCAACUUGGGGUAA